CCUGCAUGCUAUUCGACUCACCAUAAAGUUAUACACCCUGAAUUAAACAGUCACAAUGGCCGACGAAGACAAAGAGAAAGCUGCCAAGGUAGCUGCGGCUAAGAAGAAGUAUGAAGCGCUGAAGAAGAAGAACGCUAAAAAGGCAGGCGGCGCCGCAAAGAAGAAGGACGACAAGCCAGAAGCAGCGACCGCAGCAGAGACGCAAGAGGAGAAGCCCGAAGAGACGGCCGCUGCAACCGAUGCACCCGAAGCACCCGAAACAACAAGCGCAUUUCCCGGUCCUGUCGAUGUUGAGGACGACGAGCCUACCGAGCUGCCCUCUACGACGCCAUCUCACAAUCGCAAGCCCUCCAUAGCCGUGGAGUCGCGUCAGCGGUCUGCCUCGUUCUACCGCGCUGCAGGAGGACCUACAUCUCCGACAGCUACUACACCGGGAGGAGGGGUUUCGAGUGAUAUUUACAGGGAGCAGGCGCAGCGCAUUGAGGAGCUGGAGAAGGAGAACAAGAGGCUGGCAGCGGAAGUGGAACAGGGCGAGACCAGAUGGAAGAAGGGUGAGGAGGAGCUGGAGGAGCUGAGAGAGGGACGUGGAGAGGCAGCGCUUGCAGCUGAAAAGGCUAAGGAAGCGGACAAGCUGAAGUCUGAAGUCGAAUCGCUCACGCGACAAUUGUCUCACCUGCAGACUCAAUCCUCAAAGUCUACCAAACGAGCACCGACACCUAACCAGUCUGCCUCCAUUGAUGAUCUCAAUGCUCAGGUUGCAUCCAAAUCCGAGACCAUCGAAUCACUGGAGCUGGAGAUUUCGAACCUCAACAAGCAGGCGGCGGACCAGACGAGCAAGCAGAGUGAGUUGCAGGCCAGGAUCUCCACGUUAGAGACAUCCCUACAGAAGGCAGAGCAAGAAGCUAGUUCCACUAAAACUGAGCUCUCCGACCUCAAGGCCAAUCUGGAGAAGGCAGGCGAGCAGGCGGCCAAGGAAGGCUCUGACCGCGACUCCGCGCAGACACGUAUUGCCCAGCUAGAAGCAGAACUGGGCGCUGCCAACCGCAAAGCAUCCGACUCGAUAUCCCGCGCCGAGCUGCUGGAACGAAAAAUAGAAACCCUCACGCAGCUCCACCGCGACAACGACGCACGCAACCAAACACGCCUCCAGGAUCACAAAAAGAUUGAGCGCGAAGCAGCCGAACUCCGCACCCGCGUGACCGGCCUUAGCAAUGAAAACGCGCGCCUCCGCGAAGCCGAGCAGCGUCGCCGCAAAGCCGACCUGGGCAAUAUCGAGGACAGCAGCGUGCAGGAGCUCGUCGACGAAGAGCGCGACCGCCUCCUCGCCAAGGUGCGCGAGCUCGAGGAGGAAAAUUUCGAGCUACGCCGCGGCGUCUGGCGCGACAAGCGCGCUGCGCUGCAGCCUGGCAUCGACGACCACGCGGGCGACUUCGACGAUGUCGAUCUUUCGGGUAGCACGCCCACUGCAAGGCGCGCUUCGGGCCGCCAGACGUCCUCGCUGCAGGAUGUCAUUCAGUCGGGCAUUUCGGCGUUUACGGGUGCCUCGAGGACGCGUGGGGAGGCGCCGAAGACGAGGCAGGAAAGUGUGGGGAGCUUGGAUGACUUUGAGUUCGAUGAGGAUGCGUUCAGGGUGGCGCAGGAGGAGGAGGGUAAGAGGAGGCUUGAGAGGGUGAGGGAGAUUAAGAGGGGGUUGGGGCAGUAUAAGGGGUGGAGGGCGGACUUUGUGGAUGUGAGGGUGGGGAUGGGGGGUGUCUUCGAUAUCUAA